AUGGCGAUCAAGCACAACCAGCAACUGCCCAACAACCACUUCCACAAGGACUGGCAACGCCGAGUCCGCGUGCACUUUGACCAGCCGGGCCGCAAGUCUUCGAGACGGGCAGCUCGUCUGUCCAAGGCUGCCGCCGUCGCUCCCCGACCCGUCGACAAGCUGAAGCCUGUGGUCCGAUGCCCUACGAUCAAGUACAACCGCCGCGCGAGAGCCGGUCGAGGAUUCACCCUUGUUGAAUUGAAGGAAGCAGGCAUCCCCCGCAAACUCGCCCCGACGAUCGGUAUCUCGGUCGACGCGCGCCGCCAGACCACCAACCAAGAAACGCUCUCGACCAACGUCGCCCGCCUCAAGGCCUACAAGGCCCGACUGAUCCUGUUCCCGCGCAAGUCCGGCCAGCACAAGAAGCUUGACAGCUCGGCCGAGGACGUCAAGGUGGCCGAGGACGAGGGCAAGAUCACCAGGAACGUCGCGACCGCGAUCCCCAUCGACAGCGGCGUCGGCCUCAAGCACGCCUUCACCGAGAUCAGCAAGUCCGACCUGCCCAAGGGCGAGGAGAACGCCUUCCGCAAACUCAGAAUCGCCAGAGCCGACGCCAGGAACCAAGGCGCCCGGGAGAAGAGAGCCAAGGCCAAGGCCGAGGCCGAGGACGCGAAGAAGAAAUAG